UCAUUACAUCACAACCAUUGCACAUGUUUUGAAUAAGAUUGCAGAGGUUGUUUAAAAAGUAGUAGUUUCGGUAUCUUAAGAUUUCAAUAAACUUUUAUUUAUUUAUAUCGAAAAUGACUAUCGGUCAUAUUCUCAGAAAAAGCUUUUUAUCUACACUAAGACGAUCCAGAUGGAUAAAGAAUCAUAGCUACUCAAGUGCUGCAACUGAGCAGAAAAUCUCUUAUAAAGUGGAUAAUACUCUAUUAGGAUAUUCUGUCAAAGAAGUUGAAAAUAUACCAGAAUUAAAUCUCACAGCUAUUCUGCUGAAACAUGGAGCAACAGGUGCAGAACAUUUACAUCUGGCUUCUGCCGAUACAAAUAAUUUAUUUGCAGUGGCUUUCCGUACCCCUCCUCCUGACAGCUCUGGUGUCCCUCAUAUCCUAGAACAUCUGUCUCUUUGUGGGUCACGGAAUUUUCCUUGUAGGGAUCCUUUUUUCAAUAUGCUCAACAGAUCCUUAUCUACAUUCAUGAAUGCAUUCACAGGUUCUGAUAGCACUGUUUAUGCUUUUUCAACUCAAAAUUCUAAAGAUUUUCAGAAUCUUCUUUCUGUUUAUCUGGAUGCUACAUUUUAUCCACUGUUGAAUGAGAAAGAUUUCAGACAAGAAGGCUGGAGAUUAGAACAUGAGGACAUUAAUGAUAGGAAUUCUCCCAUUGUAUUGAAAGGUGUUGUCUUCAAUGAAAUGAAAGGUGUUUUUUCUGAUCCUAGCCAAUAUUAUGCUAGACACUUGCAAAACCAUUUGUUUCCUAGUAAUGCUUAUUCCCAUGAAAGUGGAGGAGAUCCACUUGCCAUUCCUCAUCUCACAUGGCAUGGACUUAAGCAUUUCCACUCUACACUCUACCAUCCUUCGAAUAGCAGGUUCAUUACAUAUGGUAACAUGCCUCUGGAAGUUCACUUAGAGAAGAUCUCUAAUCAUGUUCUUCAAAAUUUUAAAAAGACAAAAAUUGAAAGUGAAAUCCCUGAUGUGGCAACCUGGAUUAAACCUAAAGAAGUGUUAAUUUACAAUAGAUUUGAUCCUAUGGCUGCCAAUCCUGAAAAGCAGACUGUCAUCAGUGAUUCAUAUGUAUUAAACAGGAUAACUGACACUUAUGAAAAUUUUGCUCUGAGUAUUUUGGGAACACUGCUGAUAGAUGGUCCAAACUCACCAUUUUAUCAAAAACUUCUUCAGGCAGGGAUUGGACCAGAUUACAGCCCUUGCACUGGGUUCGACUCUAGUCUAAAACAGAGUAUAUUUUCUGUUGGUUUGCGUGAAAUAGCUGAAAAAGAUGUUGAUUUAGUGAAAAACUUAAUUCCAUCCAUUUUUAAGGAUGUCGUAAAUGAAGGAUUUCCUGAAAAGCAAAUUCAAAGUGUGCUUCAUAAAAUUGAGCUGGCAACCAAGCAUCGUACUGCCAACUUUGGCCUUAAUUGUGCAUUGGGAGUGAAUUCAAUGUGGAAUCACAAUGGUCAUCCCAUUUCAGCCUUUAAAGUUAAUGAUCAUGUUCAGUGGUUUUUAAAUCAAAUGAAAGAUAAACCACAUUUCCUCCAAGACAAAAUAGUCCAAUAUUUUCAGGAGAAUCCCCAUAAACUGACUCUGAUUAUGAAACCUGACAAAAAUUUUGAAGCACAGGAACAGGCCAAGGAAAAGGCACUUUUAGAGUCUAAAGUAUCAAAAUUAAGUGAUACAGAACGACAGCAGAUAUAUCAGCAGGGUUUGGAAUUAGCUGAACAUCAAAAGCAUAUUGACGCUUCAUGCCUCCCAACUCUUCAAAUAGAUGAUGUGAAAAUAUCGGUUGAAAAAACUCCUCUUCAGUUCAUUUCUCUUGGAAAUGGAAAAGUUCCUCUGCAAAUAUGUGAACAACCAACUAAUGAAGUCACCUACUUUAGGGCCCUUGUAGAUGCAUCUAGUCUUUCUGAAGAGGAUCUCAUGCUUUUACCACUUUUCACCAGCAUAGUCACUCAAAUGGGAGCAGGAAAUCUUAAUUACAAAGAAUUAGAUCAAGAGAUUCAGUUAAAGACUGGGAGAUUAGAUGUAUCUCUCCAUUUAUCCGAAAAUCCUUCAGAUCCUUUGCAGUUUAGACAGGCUCUUUUAUUAUCAUCUUACUGCUUGGACAAAAACAUUGAAUCUAUGUUUUCUCUUUGGAAAGAUAUCAUCACUAAUGUACAACUUGAAGACAGUGAACGGCUGACACAACUUAUACAAUUAGGUGCCGCUGAGCUUGCACAAAGUAUCACUUACAAUGGGCACCGAUAUUCUAUGCGAAAAGCUAGUAGUACACUUAGUCAUUGUUCUCAUCUAAGGGAAAAAACGUCUGGUCUCAGUCAGAUCACUUUUAUGAAGCAACUAGCAGAAAUGCAGAAUCAUGAAGAAUUACUUGGAAGGCUAAAAAAACUAGCUGAUGUGUUAUUUAAUAAAAUUCCUAUUAAGUGUUCUCUUAAUGCAAUGCCAAACUUUAUGGAAUCUGCAGUUAAUUCUCUAGAUUCCUUCCUACAUCAGCUUCCAAUUUCAGAGGCCUUACCUGAUUACAAACAGACUCACUAUGAAGCUAAAAAUCAGAAAACUCAUUUUGUUUUGCCCUUCUCUGUUAAUUAUUUAGGCCAAAGUAUUUUAACAGUUCCUUACUGUAAUCCACAUUUUGCUAGCUUAAAAGUUGCUGCCAAGUUAAUGUCUUCUAAAUUUCUACAUAGUGAAAUAAGAGAAAAAGGAGGUGCUUAUGGAGGAGGUGCAGCCAUUAGUAAAGGAGGACAUUUUAUGUUUUAUUCCUACAGAGACCCAAAUGUUACAAAAACUUUAAAAAGUUUUUCUUCUGGAGUUGAAUGGCUUUUGGAAGGUUCUUAUUCUGAUCAAGACAUCACUGAAGCCAAACUUGGAGUUUUUAGUGAAGUUGAUGCUCCUAUUCCUCCUGGGUCUAAAGGCUCAGCUGUUUUCCUUGAAGAUAUUUCUGAUGAAAUGAAGGAACAAAUGAGGAACAAUAUUUUCAGUUGUUCUCGAAAAGAUCUUACAGAUGCUACUCAAAAAUAUUUGAAAAAUUCAGACAGAGUUGGUACUGCUUUGAUUGGUCCCGAAAACAAUUAUACAAAAUCAGAAGAUAGUAGCUGGAACAUAGAAACGAAUGAACUGUAAAUUAUGUAGAUAUGUUUUUAAUGUGUAUAAAAUAAAUCGUUUUCCCAUCUAA